AUAACACCAUUGGUUCUCACUUCCUAUAUGCUCAAUUACACACAUCUCUUCACAACUGUCUGUGUGAUCACAAAGUUUUAAUCUUCAUUCUUCAACACAACCCACCACCAAUGGCAGCCACACUAUCCACCACCAUGGCCAUGCUUAACCCCAACUGCAUGACCACCAACAAACCCUCAAAACCACUCCCCAACAAACCCAUCUCUCUCCUCUCCCUCCAAAACCUACCAAAAUCCCUCACCUUAUCAAAACCAACCAACAUCUCCCUCACCGGAACCGCCAUCGCUGGAGCCGUCUUCUCCACAUUGAGUGCUUGCGACCCCGCUUUCGCAGCGCAACAAAUCGCCGAAAUCGCCGAAGGAGACAACCGCGGGAUCGCGCUUUUAUUGCCGCUUGUUCCGGCCAUUGCAUGGGUGUUGUACAACAUAUUUCAACCAGCAGUUAACCAGAUCAAUAGGAUGAGGACUAAAGGGGUGAUUGUUGGGCUUGGGAUUGGCGGGGGUUUAGCCGCUUCGUCUGGGCUUUUUGCCACGCCUGAGGCUACGGCUAGCGAAUUCGCAGCCAUAGCUGAGGCUGCUGCUGCUAAUGACAACAGAGGACAGCUUUUGUUGAUUGUUAUUGCACCUGCUAUUCUUUGGGUGCUUUACAACAUCUUGCAGCCUGCUCUUAACCAGAUCAAUAAAAUGAGAAAUUGAUUAGAUACAUCAUAAAUGGGGUUGUAAUUGCUUUUCUUGAUCAAUGAUCAUCAACUUUUCUUGUAAUAUAUAAAUCUUCUUUCUUUUUCUUCUUCCCUA